AAAGAAAUUGCCUGAUGAACAGAGAGAUGGACACAGACACAAAGAUAGACAGACAGACAAACUGACGAAGACUGAUAAAUAGAAAGGCAGACAGACUGAUGUACGGAAAGCAAGAGAGAAACUGAGACAAAAACUGAUAGAAAGGGGGAGAUAAAGCAGGCAGACCGAUGGACAGACAGACCGAAAGAUAGAGACAGAAACAGAGAGAGAAAGUAGGUGACGUAGAUGACGGCCUGAUCUGUGCCCUCUCACACACACAUAAAAAUGCAGUGAAAGAAAUGGAGAAGUGAAAGACGUGUUAGAGAGCGAGAGAGAGAGCGCGAGUGUGUGUGUGAGAGAGAGACAGAGAAAGAAAGAGAGAGAGCGAGCGAGUGUGUGUGUGUGAGGGAAAGAGAGAGAUUGAGAGAUUAGGUAUAUCACAUUGUCUAAAUUGUUUGGACUGUGUGUGUGUGUUUGUGUGUGUGUUUGCGUGUGUGUGUGUGUGUUUGUGUGUGUGUUUGCGUGUGUGUGUGUGUGUUUGCGUGUGUGUGUUUGCGUGUGUGUGUGUUUGCGUGUGUGUGUGCGUGUGUGUGAGUCAAAAGAUCCUUCAGCUGAACCUAUAGAAACACACACAACUUCCCCACUACACUCAUACUCUAUCCUGAAGACUUACUCAGUCUGUGCUCUCACUCGCAUGGCUCACAUGGUGCUCACCUCUCUCUCUCUCUCUCUCUCUCUCUCUCUCUCUCUCUCUCUCUCUCUCUCUCUCUCUCUCUCUCUCUCUCUCUGUAACUGUGUGACUCUGCAGUUUGGGUCACAGCUGAGAGGGUGAGAGCCCCAACAGGUAGGAGAUCACUAACACUACAGCUGAUCAGACCUGUAGAUUUCUCUACAAGAUCCAGGGCAGUAGAUUAGGGAUUGGAGCACAUCUCCUUCAGUAGUGCACACUUGUUAGGCUCCCUCAGGAUGGGGGAGGUGUUUGUGGUGGACAGCCAGGUGGCCGCGAACCCUGUGCCCCCUAAACAGCGGAUUAAGGGCACCUAUGUUCUGUACACUCUUCUGGGCCUGGCGCUGUGUGGCAUGUUCAUGGAAGGGAUACUGAUCUACCAGCUGAACCAAAGGAUCUCCGCACUAGAGAACUCGGAGGCCAUCAGUCAUCCUGCCAAACUGAUUGGAGAAAACAACAGCAAGACUGAUGCAGGUUCAAAAGAAGUUCCACCAACGCCACGGAAAACAAAGAAGGAAGGAGACAUCAAAUCAGCUGCGUUUCUGCAUCUUAUGCACCCCCCCACGUCGGCCCAGGGUGCGAUUCAGUGGAGUGACAUCGGCUUUCCUGCAUUUACACACAGUUUUAACUACAGCAACGGCAGUCUGAUCAUCCAUAAAGAAGGCUUCUACUACCUGUUCUCCAAGGUCUCCUUCACAAACAACUGCAGCGCCAUCAGACACGAGGUGAAACUGAAGUCAUCACGUUACAGCAACAAACCCAUCAGUCUGAUGGUGGACAACAGGCACUUCUCUGUGAACCAGAUGAAGACUCACGAGAAGGACCACUUUAGCAGCUACCUGGGUGGAGUCUUCUCACUGUAUAAGAAGGAGGCGGUGUUUGUUUCCUUUGAUAACGGCUGCUUAUUGGCAGGAACGGGCGAGAACUUCUUCGGAGGUUUUAUGAUCUAACGUCCGAUCGCAUCGACGUCACACGUUUUAUUUAAUCUAUGAUAUUUAACUUUUUAGUAUUUGAUGCCUUGGUAUUAGUAUUUAUUUAAUCAGAAGCGCAGCAUGGCAUGGUGAGGGCUGCGUGAACAUGGCAGUCACCAUCAGGUGGAGAAGCGAACCCCGAUCGAGAAGACGACUCGACUCUGUAAGGCACCGAGACACGAGCUGCUAAACUGACCUCCCGAAGCUGGAAACCGAGGCAACAGACAGAUGAAAUGCUGCAGAUAUUCAGUGAUAUCGACGUGUCCUGGAGCUCUUGACUUAUAGAGUCAUGACGUGAUUAAAUUCUCCUUAUUUAUCUAAUUGAAUUGAAUCUAUGCCGAUGAGUGAGGUUUCAGGCCGGAGGUUAUUUAUUUACGUAUAAUGUUUCUCAUUUUAAACAUUUUAUUUUUCUCCAUGAGUUACGUUUCUGAUCUCGAUUUUAUACAUUUUUCUCACAGUUAAUGUUGUAAUAAUCAUCUCUGUGUCUUUAUGUAACUGAAAUAAACUGAUAUAUAGA